AGCUUCUCGUAGUUUGGAACGCAACUUUAUUUACAUUUUUCAUAGUAUAGAAAAAUCUCGGGAAAAAAUAGCAUAAAAAUGGCAGCAGGCAUACCACGGACCCAAAUUUUAUCGCUUUACAAAUCACUUUUAAAAGAGGCUCAUAAAUUUACGAAUUACAACUUCAGAUGCUAUGCCUUAAGGAGAGUAAGAGAUGCUUUCACAGAAAACAAAUCAUUAUCUGAUCCAAAGUUAAUAAAGAAAGCGUUUGAAAAUGGUAAACAGAAUCUAGAAAUUAUCAAACGCCAGGUGAUAAUUGGGGACAUGUACAGAACUGAGAAACUUGUAAUUGAAAACUUACAAUAGAUGUCAAUGGUACGAGAUAAACAACAUCUAAGAAUUGAUUUAUAAUACAUCUCAUUAGUACUGUGAUAGUAAUCAGAUAUAUAACAAAAAUAUUGUAAUAAAGAACAAACAUGUGUCCUGUUAAGCUGCUUAAUAUUUAGCCCAUUUUUAUUAAGUUUCUUCCUACAAGUAUUCUUCGAAUUGAUUAAUAACAUUGCAAAUAAAUUUCAAAUUUCCAUUGUCUUUAUAAAUUGAAUGGUACAACAAUGCAAGACAUAAGCUAUGUAGAAAAAUACUUUUAUUUUUAAUAUAUAUUUAUUUUAUUUCUGGUAUUAUUGCAAUUUCCACUAAAUAAAAAUUCUUAUAAAAUAAUGUGUUAUAAAUAUUCUAAAAUUGUUUCUUAAUGCUGAGUUUUUGGCAUCUGAAUACUUUGCAAAAUUCAACAAAAAAAAAAAAAAAAACAUUGUAUCAAAUUAAAAAAAAAUGUAGCACGCCAGAAAAGAACAAAAAAAAAUGUAA